GCAGGAUUGCGUACAUCAUUCGUGCCCACCAUUUCGAUCCGGCCCGGGACGGUUUGACGAUCGUUCGGCCCUGUGCUAUUGUUUCUGUGCCGCCAGUCGCUUCUUUUCCGUCGCUUCGAGCGCGUUGUUGUGCUGUUAUCGCGCGUGUUUCGGUGUGUUACGGCCAAUAAAGCCACUGUCGCGUGUCGAUCGUACAGUCGAAGUGCGAUAUUUGUGUGCUGCUUUUUGUGCUGAGAUUAAUGCAGCAGUCCUGUGUGAUUGUGCGAUAUUGUCAUUCUGGUGGUAGCCAGCAAGGUUGUGUGAUUUUGGGUUUAAGCAGCUUAAGCGCAGUGACCGCUCGUGCUCGCGCAAUCCAACGCAGACGCAAGAGAAGCCGACUGCCAGUGGGGUCCAGGAUUGAUGGGUGUUGAAGGAUUGUAGUAGCAUGGUAUUUAGGGGGUUAUUUUAGCAACAGCAAAACAAAAACGCAACCAUUAACGCAACCACUUCGCAGCCCCCGCUGGGUUUUAUGCAGCAAGUCCUUGGCACGUGUGUGAGGCACUCUGGUGGCGCGCAACGCCGAAUAUGACACACGCUUAGACGGGUGACUGUCAAAGCAACCACACUGCACCGCAGGUCUGACAUACGGACGAACCACCCUUGUCGCGAUGCCCACCAUGUCUUCCACGUGGAUCGAGGAGCGGCCGGGCGACCACGGCGGUAGUCCGGUCGCGCGACGACCCCACCGCGACGGCUCGGAACCAUGCUCGGACGUGUUCAGCAACAUCAGCAACCAGAGCGCCGGUUCGGGCCGGUCGUCCGGUGUACGCCGGUUCGGGGACAUCUUCCGCAACCGGCUGAAGCUGGCCGGCGUGGCCGCGAUGCGCACGUUCAACGAGAGCUUCCCCCAGGAGUGUAAGAUACACACGGACGAGGAGAACGGUGUGGAGACGCCCUCGCCGAAGGGUGCCAAAGCGGUCGGCCGGAUGGGCGAAUCGUUCGAUCGUUCGCUCGAUGCGGUGCUGGUGAACGAACGGGCGGCCGGACGCCGGGAUCGAACGUUCACCGAGCGCAGCAACACACUGGCGGGCACUGGUGGAACGGCGAUGACGGGGAAAGGUGCUGUAGGAGCUGGCGGUGGUGGUGCCGGUGCUGGAGGGUUGCGAUCGCGCCGCAGCUCGACAAUGUUCCGCCAGCGGACCACCCUACAGCGUACUUCGAGUGGAAUAAACGCCAAGACUUUUACUGAGGACGAGGUGAGCGAUAAGAGCGAACCGACGACCGGCAAAGGUGGACACCCGCGGCACACGCGCAAAGAGGACAGCAAAAAGACCAAACCGGACGAUGCGGCCCCGGUGGCACCCCGGACGACUGACUAUCCCGGCGGCGGUGGCGGCAAGGCGCUGCCGGUGGGUGAGCGGGGCCGGCUGGCAACGACGCAUCCGCGCACCAGCAUUGUGCACCGCGAACCGGUGGACGAGGUCGUCGUUGGGAAGCCGCCGAGCCGUGAACGCGUGAACUCUACCUCACACUACUCGACCGAGAAGAGUGGCUCGUCGGGUUACUACAGCACCAACCUCUACUCGACCGGUGGCAGCUCGGUGGACGAGCACAUCUACUGCGAGCCGAUCGAUCGGCGUAGCCCGCGCACCGAGCGGCUGGACGACGAGGAAGAAGUCCCCGCGGAGCGUUCGGGAUCGGACCCUGUGUCCAAACCGGCAAGUCAGGGCGCAGGCGAGACGGGUAAGACUGGCGCGAGCUGUGAUAGGAACCGGCGCGGGAACGAUCAAGAGCUGUCGGAGCUGCAGCGCAACAUUCGAGGGCUGGAGCAGUACUACUAUCCCUCGCCGUUGGCAUCUCCGGCCGUUCCAGUGCAGCUGAGUGUGAUGCGCGCCUCCGUCAUACAGCAGCAACCUUUACAUUCGUCGGCGGGCAUUGGGCCCGAGGGAGAACCACGCCCGGAAAGUGGCUGUGAAGUGCAAGAUCAGCAACAGUCACAGGAGCAGCAGGAACAGCAGCAACUGUCCGUAAUCAUGGAGGGUAACGAUGGUCAAAUUCCGCGGCCCAUCUGGCCCCUGGACACGGACGACUCGCUGAUGGACAUCAAUCUGGAGUCGUUUCGCAUGGCGAACCACAGCAGUCAGAACUUGAUCGGUUUCGAGAGUCCGUCGCUGUCCUCGAUCUCCGAGAGUGAAAUGUACGCGAUCCGCGAUCAAGCGAUGGAAGGGGCCGGCGAUGGAGGCACGCAAAGUCGCAAGAAGUCACAGUACGAGGAGUAUCUCGAGUUUCAUAACACGCGCAACAUACUGGAGCAGAUACGGGGUAAGCUGAACACGCUGCUGGAACAGCGCACUGAGCAGCAGCAGCAGCAGAAGCAGCAGGAAGAUCAUCCAGCACAGCGGAUACCGAAGACGGGCAAUCCGUUCGUGAAGGAUGCGGGACCGAGCGAGACGGAGCUGGAGAAGAACAUUGCCAUUCUGAAGGCGGACCUGGACGGGUAUCUGCGCACGAUGAACCAGAAGAAUGAGAACGAGAUCCGGCGCUUCUGCAAGGGAAUGAGCCGGGAGCCGAAAGUGGUGGCCGUACAGAAUGCGGUCGAGCAGCGAAACCGAUCACGAUCUGGAUCCAUAUUGAGUCUCGAGCAUGAUUACGAAAUGCUGGAGCGAGCUGGGGUCGUCCCGUACCCGACGUCCUGUGGUUCGGAGUUACCGUACUAUCAAGUUCUUCCACCGGAUAUCUGCGAGGGACGUCCGCCGGCAGCACUGCCCGCCGCCGCGCUGAUGCUAAACCGACGCAGCCCACCGAAUCCGUUCGCUCAGGAAGUUCGACAGCAGGGUGGUGGGCAGUCGGGGUCGAUUGGUGGACUGCACUCACUGUGUUGCCAGCAGCGCUAUCUGAACAGUGACGAAAUUCGGGUCUGCAACCGGUACGGUGGUUGCGAGCGGACGGACCCGAAUGCCAUGACCAUCGACAUGCCGGACAGUGAUGACGGUGAGGUUGGGAAGACGUUCGUGUCCGGCCGUGCUCCUGCUGGUGGUGGUGGUGUUGAUUGUCGAAGUGUCAGUAUUGGUAUGCCAGAGGAAGAAGCCGGUGUUGGUGGUGGUGGUGGUGAUAGGGCAAAACAUGGGUCGCGCGUGAAGCUGAAAGCGGACCCACCGGAUGGGUGCCCCGGUGCGAAGGGUGAUUGUUUGAGUGAUAGUGGGAGCGGGGGGCCGCAUAUGGCCCAUUGUGAUUUCAAUCAGCUGCAGCGCAACAUCACGCUCGAGCGCAUCAUCCUGAUGGAGAGCCUGGGCAAGUCGCGCAACGGCCAGUUUGGCGAUAAGGAGAAGAUGCUGCUCGAGUGGCACCAGAACAAACCGAGCUGCUGGGAGCUGUACUACGGUGCGAAUCGGGAGGAGCAUCCACCCCACCAGACGCUGAUCCGGAAGAUGAAGCUCGGCCGCAAGAGCACGGUGUGCAUUUCUUACCCCUCAACCCGACCCGAGUCGGACUUUACGCUGGACGUACCGCGGGCCGAGCAGCUGCGGCUGAAGAUGAAGAAGGAAAAGCAGUUCCGGAGCCGCUGCCGUUGGUUUUUCUACUUCCUGAGCAUCGUCUUCUUCCUGCUGUCCGUGAUGGUGGUCAGUUUGAUACUGACGCGUGGAAAGCGCAUGUUCGGGAGUAUGAUAUGAGUUGUUAUCUCGGGUCAAUUCGUUCACCCCGGGUGGCUCAUCCUAUUAGGUGUGCUGUAUUAUAUUUGCCUUUACCAGUCGAUAACGAAGAACCUAAGAAGCGCUCCAUGUUUUCCAGCGCAGGACUGGUGCCUACCACUUUUAGUCCCGUUGUUUUUUUAAAUCGUUUUUCUAAAUUUUAAUUCCUGUCAAACUAAGCACCACCGUAGCGCGAUUGAUACCGACUUUUUUUGUUUUUGUUGAAUAUUGUAUUUGUUUAUGUUUGUAUGGCCCCUCCCCCCUCUGCUGCCGAGAUGAUUGUUUUAUAUUGAACAUUCCUAUCUGAACUGGGAUACAGGGAAGCGUUUAAUUUCCAGUCUCCAGAAAGCUCUAGCACAGCCGCCGGAAGCCGACGCCGCAGCCAUGCGAUACGGCGAUCGAAUUGACAGUACAUCCCUCGACAAUUUUCCCACGAUUUCGUCCCAUCUCCUAAUAAGCAUCCCGCAGUCUCUCGGCGACAGCAGCGCGGGACAUGAGCUAUGAGUUGAAAAUAAUGAUAAUUUAGUUUUGAUUUUGAUCGAUGUUUUGAAAGUGAAUUAAUUUUCUGUUUUCAUUUCCUUGCCCGUGUUUCGUGCGUUUCAUUCCAGCCAGUGGAUAUGAACGCACGCAGGAAAUUACAUCCCUGCGUGUGCCUUUUGGCAGAUUGCGUCCGUAGUGUGUCAAUGUGGGGGAUGGAGAGGAGUGCGGAGGGCUUACAGGGGUGCGUUUUUUUACCAUGUCUAUUCUAUUCUCUUUACCGUGCUGUGCGUGUUCGCGUUCGAUUAGAUUUCGCUUUUACCUCCGGUAGGCUGCGCUAACGGAAUUGUUCCAUGUGAUCGAGCCGAACAGAUGGAGUUUUAAACACGCCGUGUAAUUCUUUGUACUGUGUGUUCUUGGGCAUUUUGUUUGAGUUGAAAUGUUUUUUUUUUUGGUAAUUUUUAUCACAUUUGUGGAAAAAGAACAACAAACUCAAAAGAGUUCUGGUAAAAGGAGGUUUAUGAGUAUGAGACUAACUGAUGUGCGCCAAUUAAAACAUCAUAUUGCAGACAUUUAGGCGCCUUGGAUCUUCGUUCGUGAUCGAUCGAGCAAAUGUCGAUUAAAUUGGACCGGUUUUGUUCGACGAUUGAAUUUGAUUUUCAAAUGCUUUACGUUGCUACGCUUACAACUAAUAACAUUUAAAGGGCCAAUAGAACUAACGUUGCCAAUUUCUCGUAAAACAAACCACUUUUGAUGUUCGUGAUACCAGUAUACCUAUCCUAUUACGAUACCAGUGCACUGCUCUAGCCGCAGUCGAAUGAUUGCUUUUACAAUGGAAACCAUCGUCAAACUCUUGAGACAAUUAUAAAGUUUUGUGUGUGUGUUUUUUUGUCCCAUUUUGUUCGUUUGCUCGUUGUGAUUGCUAUCUGCCCUGUGAGAUGCAUCUGUUAGUAGGUUAAUCGAGCGACGGAAUGCAAACGAACGGGGAUAGUGAGGUUAGUUGAUAAAGCAAACGACGACAAAACUUCCUCGGAGAUGAUCGAGUUCAUCAUAAGGACAGGAGUUCUUCCCAGUCGUACCGUCUAGACUGAAAGAUGGGAUUACGAUUUGCAAUGCAACCGACCAUGGUAUAAAACCUUGCGACAAAAAGCGUCUGAGGAUAAACUUCCCUAUCCCUCAGAACUCACCAUUAGUUCCGGGGUUGCUUGUUUGUGGUUGAUUUCAUUUGUGCACAAGCACAACAAGUUUUCUUUUCGUUAUUGUCUUGCAGCUUGACGGAACUGCACCCAAUCGGCUUCCCGCCCUGUCCUUGGCUGUAUGAUAAUUUUUUCCCUAAGGAAUUUAAUUUGCUUCCCUAUUGCAAGCGAAACUUCGACUUCGACAGUGUACGGAAGCGAAGUCCUGGGUCCGAAAGGGCGCCACCGCACAAAUCUUAUCCCGCUGCACGCUUCCAGUGAUCCUGUAAACCCAGUGAAGAUAUUUCCUUGCCCUUUUUCUUUCGCCGUUAGGACUAGUUAGGAUUGAUUCGUUUCCGUUUUGCAGCUUCCGACCACCACUUCCGAUGUUUCUGACGGUGAUAAAUUCCACGUAAAACCAUCCACGUACUUCAAAUCGUUCCGCAGCAGCCAUCCGAAUAAAACCCCAAAUACGAGCCCUUCCCUCCUCCCGACAAAGGAUCGAAAUUGAAUUUACUCUCCAAAGACGAGCCACAGCGAUACAAAAUGGCAUCGUUCUGCGUGGUACGCCGGUACAUUGUUGGAUGUGUACUUUUCCUCUUCGUUUGGCCAACUUUUUCCAUUCGCACUAGUGAUGAGUUUCUUUUAAUUUCUCUGUGGCGCAUUGUCGAGAACCGCGCGCCAAUAGCAAAUAGGAACAGCAGGAAGUUUUAUGUCACUGUUGAAAAACUCUCCCUCUCUCUCUGUUCUCAGUUGGUGUGUUACUUUCCCUUUGGGUAUCGAUUGGUGGUGGCUUUUUCCCGGGAACUUGGAUCGUCUUCGGAAGGCGGGUAAACUUCCCGCACCACCACCGAACAUGAAGUGGAGGAACAACACGGGCAAGCUCUUGUUUCAGCAAGGAUUCAGAAAGUGUGUUUAAAAUAAUUAAAAUCAGCGAAGGACAAAGCGAAGGCGUGGUGGAAAACGCUUCCCUACUAAGAAAUGAACACGCUGGGGCCGGAUAAAAAGUUACACGAGAAGGGCAAUGAAAUUAGAGAAAGAGCAAGAGCAAAAAGACAAAAGAACAGGAGCAAAUUAACCUUUUCAACAAUCGGGAGCGUCGGGUUAGCGUCGGGGUGAGGCUUGGUGUCAGCAGGAUGUUUAGCACUGUUCCGGGCACGGAAAUGAGGAACAAAAGGGCAAACAAAUCAAACCACCACUGGACGAUUUUCACCAAUAUUCGGACACGUUUUUUAUAUGGAUAUGAGUGGAUUGAGCUUUUUGCUGGGAAAAUGAUUGUAAUUUUUGUUCGCUGCUCUUUGUUGAUUGAAGGAAAUGUUAGAGAGUUGUUAAGCGAUGGGAUGUAAAUUUCGCUAAACAAACAAGCAGCAAGAGAGGAACGGAUAACAUAAAGAUUUCCAUGCAAUAAAAUGUAGCAAAUGUACAUAUUUUUUCAGGGACAGUUUCAAGCUGAGGCGAGCACAAUUGCGGUUAAUCUUGUAAUAGCUUUGACAUUGAUUUAUACAAUUAAAAACGAACAGAAAAAUGGUGCUGAAAAAUUGUAAAAAAAAAGAAUAUUUAAAACCAAUAAAGUAAGAAUACAGCAUCAUUUGCGAGGAAAAAAAACAAUCAUUUAUGUUUAAACUGGUGCUGAAAAGAGUAAACACGCGAAAAGAGUAAAGAGCGAGGAAACAUUAGGUGAGGAAAAAGCUAUAAAAUAUGUACGAUACACGAAAACUUUUAUCUUGUGAUUUUAGUCAUUACGCUGUACUGCCGAUUAGAUUAGAAGGUAUGAAGGAAAUGGUUCAUUACAGCAGGGAUGGAAUAUGAGGAAACCCAUUGCGGGUUUAAAAUUUCUCCGAACAACAUUAACAAAUGCGUUAAGAGUAUCAUGUCAAGCGAAUAAUAUGAACGAGCUAGGCUUACGUUAUUGCUCGGAACGAAAAUGUAAAUAGAUAAAUACCUUAGUAGGCUGUAAAUAGCGAAAAACGAACGAUGAAAUGCAAAGGAAGUGGAAGAAAUAAUAAAAGUAUUGAAAAAAAA